AUGACUCUUAUCAAAGAGAGUCUUGAUCGCCUUCGCAGUCGCAUACAGACGCCCACCUCACUUCAAGGUCUCACCCCGAGGAUCCAGGAGCAGCUGCAGGACAACAAGCAAACCCUAACUGAGUUGUCCAAGCUGGAGCUGGGUCUCAGCAGUGUCAAAACACAGGCAGAUGAACUGCUGGCCAACACUCAGGCAGCUGGGGAUGGAUCCAUCGGCACAGCAAUUCAGGAGAGAGUGUCCAGCCUGUCUCUGCUGUGGGAUGAGACACAUAACCAGGCCCAGGAGAGGGAAAGCUGGUUGCUCAAGCUCUUGGAUCUCGCCAUGAAGUUCUGGAGUGAUGUCAGCGAUGUCUCCACUGCUCUUAAUGAUGCUCAGCAGGCAGUUUUGGAUCUCAAUGCAAGUCGGACAGACUCUGAAACAAUUCGCCAGAGCCUUGAAACCAUGCAGACUCUCAGGGAGGACAUAGACAGUUUGCAGGGAGAUCUGGACACCCUUGGUGUUCUGGGAAUGGACUUGAUGUCAGCAUGUGGGGAUACAGACAAACCAGACGUUACUAAGAGUCUGGAUGAACUCUACUGCACAUGGAACAACUUGAGCAAACUGUGGAAUGAAUGUCACAAAAAGUUGGAGGAGUCCUUGCAGAUGGCACUGCAUUACCAGGACACCAUGCAGGAAUUUAAGCGGGAACUUUACCAGAAGAAGAUCGAGAUAGAAAGCCUGAACCAUCGCUUUGUGUGUCGGCUGUCUCCAGGAUCAGAGCGUCCAGGCUCAGUGUCACCGUUGUGCGACUUCAGACAUCGCUGGGACAGUCUGGAGUCAGAGACUGUCAGCAGACAGCAUCAGUUGGAGUGCGCUCUGCUGGGCCUGGGUCAGUUCCAAAACACGCUAGAUGAGCUGCACACAUGGCUUUCCCGGACCGCUGAACAACUGCAGGGCAGCCAGCCAAUCAGCAUUGACCUUCAGGCCUGUGAAAUAGAGCUGGCCAAACACAAGGUGCUGCGAAAUGAUGUCAUGUCCCAUGUUCGUACGAUGGAGUCCCUCAACCAGGCAGGCAGGGGGCUGCUGGAGGUUGGGUCUGGAGACAGUCCACAUGGUCUGCAGUCUCGCUUGGAGCAUCUCAAUGAAAGCUGGGAGUUUGUUCGCUGUGAAACUGAACGCAGGCAACUGGAAUUAGAGAACAGACUGAGUCAGGUACAAGAUGUUACAAUGGAGAUUCAAGAUCUUUUACAGUGGCUGGAGAACACAGACCUGAGACUGUCCUCCUCCAAAACCAUGUGGGGCAUGCCAGACUCUGCAAAUGAAAGGCUUAACGCACACUUGGAGUUGUGCAAUGAGAUGGAGUCAAAGCUCCAUGCCUACACAGAUGUGAAGAAUGCCAUUUACAGGAUGCUGGAGAGCAGCAACGUUGUCCGAGGAUCAAGCACUGAACACAGCUUAUCCAUCCUUGAGCAGAAAUGGGCAUCUGUGUACAACAAAGUCCAGGAGAGAAAGGCUAAGCUUACAGAGGGACUGAGUCUGGCCAAGGAGUUCCACAGUAGCGUCCAGGACAUUCUCACUAAGAUGACCAAGUGUGAAGAGUCCAUUGGGCUUCUUCCUGCUCCAAGCUUUGUUCUGGACUCAGUUUGUACUCAGUUGCAAGAUCACAGAACACUAGUCAAUGAGGUGAACACUUAUGGUGAGAAGAAGACUACAGUGGAGAACACAGGCUUCAGACUAACAGAGCUGAGCAGGAAGGAAGACUGCGGUGUCAUUCACAACUUGAUCAUGACCGUCCAGGAUCGAUACAAAAAGCUGCAGCAGCGAACUUCAGAAAGAGGCAGGAUGCUAGAGGAGGUUAAAAAGAAUGCUAAACAGUUUAACGAAUCUUGGCGCCUCCUAGUGGACUGGAUGACGGAGGUAGAACAAACAUUAGACACACACAAAGAGAUUGCAGUGUCCCAUGAAGAGAUUAAGCAACAACUGACGGAACAGAAGGAAUUCCAGAAACUGCUGAGAUCAAAGAGGCCCAUGUAUGAGGCCACUCUGAAGAAUGGUCGCAGCCUCCAUGAAAGAGCUCAAACCAGCCAUGAUAGACAGCAUCUGGAGAACCUAAUGGCCGAACUCAAAGACACGUGGGACACCAUCAGCGGCAAGUCUAUGGAGAGACAACAUAAGCUGGAGGAGGCACUGCUGUUCUCUGGAAGGUUCACUGAUGCUCUGCAGGCACUGAACGAUUGGCUGUACAGAGCAGAGCCCCAACUAGCCGAAGAUGUUCCUGUCGGUGGAGACAAAGACAUGGUCAACAAUCUCAUAGACAAGCACAAGGCCUUUCAGAAAGAGUUGGGAAAGCGAGCCGGAUGCAUUAGGACCCUGAAGCGCUCUGUGAGGGAUCUGACCAGGAGCAGCACGGCUGACGCUCACUGGCUGCAGGAGCAGAUGGAUGAACUGGAAGGCCGCUGGGAGGCUGUGUGCAAGCUAUCAGUCAGCAAGCAGGACAGGCUGGAGGCUGCGCUUCAGCAGGCUGAGAAGUUUGAUGGCCUUGUUCACUCCUUCAUGGAGCGGCUCACUGAGGCAGAGAGGAUACUGAAGUAUGGGGUCAUACCAGAGGAGGAGGAAGGCUUGCUUACCUUCCGCAAACAACACAAGGAAUCACUUGGUGCCUUGCAGGCUCAGGCAGUGGACUUAGAGAACAUCCAGUGUCUGGGUGAGGAGAUCCUGGGCUGCUGUCACCCAGACUCUAUAAUCACCCUAAAAUCUUGGAUCAGUGUCACUAAGACUCGCUAUGAGGAGGUUCAGACCUGGGCUCAGCAGCAGGGCCAGAAGAUCCAGGCCAGCUUGGCAGCAAUAGAUGCGGAGAGAGAAGAAAUCCAGAGACUCCUGGACUGGAUCUCCUCAGCAGAGGAAGCCCUAAACCUCCGAGAUCAAGAGCCUCUGCCCGACACCACGGAGCAGAACCAAGAACUUAUCGAUCAGCACACAGUCUUUAUGGAGGAGUUGAAUAAAAAGUUCACAGAUGUUGAACAUGCCACAAAAUCUUGCAAACACAAGAGCGUUCCGAAACACCAAGUGUCCCCCAGCAAACGGCCCCUAACAAAGAGGAGGAGCGCUCUGAAGCUGCAGCCUGCCGUUCCGGUUCCCCUGGAGCACCUUGACCCCCAGACCCCACAGCUCAGUCAGCUGGUCAGUCAGUGGCAGAAACUUUGGCUGCUGGCGAUGGCGAGACAAAACCGUCUGGAACAACACCUGCAAAUGCUCAAAGAGAUGGAAGAAUUUGCAAACUUCGACUUCAACCUUUGGCGAAAGCGUUACAUACAGUGGAUUAGUCAUUUGAAGUCUCGGAUCUUAGACGUGUUCCGCAGCAUCGACCGGGACCAGGAUGGACGGAUCAGCCAGAAAGAAUUCAUCGAUUAUGUCCUCGCUUCCAAAUUUCCAACCAACUCUCUGGAGAUGAACGCUGUGGCAAACAUCUUCGACAUGAACAGCGACGGCUUCAUUGACUAUUAUGAAUUUGUGAGUGCCCUCCAUCCCAGCAGAGACCCCUACAGGAAAACGCUGGAUGCCGAUCAGAUCAACGAAGAGGUGAGUCGACAGGUAUCGCAGUGUAACUGUCCCAAGAGGUUCCAAGUGGAGCAAAUAAGUGCCAAUAGAUACAGAUUUGGAGAUUCCCAACAGUUGCGGAUGGUUCGAAUCCUGCGCAGCACGUUGAUGGUCAGGGUCGGAGGAGGAUGGACCGCUCUCGACGAGUUCCUGGUCAAGAAUGACCCCUGCAGAGUAAAGGGUCGGACCAACCUGAAGAUCAAAGAGAAGUACUUGUCGCCUGCAGGAAGCACUUCUAAGGGUUUGACUGUCAGCAGGUCCAACUCAAGCCUCAGCCUCUACAGCAGUGCCUCCGCCCCCACCAGCCCCAUGACACGAAAGCGUUACACUGUAAACAUCAUGGAGAUAUCUGACUCUAACUGA